CUGAGAUUGCAGCAGGCCUGGGGACCUAGGGGAGACAUGGAGAAAGAGACGGGGGAUCCCCUGGCUGGAGCUGACCAACAGAGUAGGCAGUCAUGGCUGGAGAACGGGAUAGCAGAGUAAUGUUUGACCUCUGGAAACAUCUCUUACAGGACGGCCAGCCAAAAUUCGCUAGGUAGGACAGACAUCAGCUUGAAAGAACUGGAGCCUGGGGGGACCUGGCCGGAUAGGUAUGGGGGAUCCAGGACAGUCCCCUAGUCCCCGGUUCCCCCAUGGCAGUCCCCCAGCUCUAAGCACUCUCACUCUCCUGCUGCUCCUCUGUGGAAAUGCUCAUUCUCAGUGCAAGAUCCUCCGCUGCAAUGCUGAGUAUGUAUCAUCCACCUUGAGCCUCAGAGGUGGGGGUUCACCAGGAGCGCUCCGAGGAGGAGGAGGGGGAGCAGGAGGAGCAGGGGGAGGCGGAGGGGGAGGCCGGGGUGGCGGGGUGGGCUCCAGCGGCCUCUGCCGAGCCCUCCGCUCCUAUGCGCUGUGCACCCGGCGCACCGCCCGCACCUGCCGCGGGGACCUCGCCUUCCACUCCGCUGUGCAUGGCAUCGAGGACCUGAUGAUCCAGCACAACUGCUCCCGCCAGGGCCCCACGGCCCCUCCUCCGCCCAGGGGCCCGGCCCUUCCAGGCGCCGGCCCUGUCCACUCCGGCCCCGCAGCCCCAGACCCCUGCGACUACGAAGGUCGGUUUUCCCGGCUGCACGGUCGUCCCCCUGGCUUCUUACAUUGCGCCUCCUUCGGGGACCCCCACGUGCGCAGUUUCCACCACCACUUUCACACGUGCCGUGUCCAAGGAGCUUGGCCCCUGCUGGAUAAUGACUUCCUUUUUGUCCAGGCCACCAGCUCCCCCGUGGCUUCGGGGGCCAACGCCACCACCACCCGGAAGCUCACCAUUAUAUUUAAGAACAUGCAGGAAUGCAUUGAUCAGAAGGUCUACCAGGCUGAGGUGGACAAUCUUCCUGCAGCCUUUGAAGAUGGUUCUAUCAAUGGAGGUGACCGUCCUGGGGGCUCAAGUUUGUCCAUUCGAACUACUAACCCUGGGAGCCAUGUGGAGAUCCAAGCUGCCUAUAUUGGUACAACUAUAAUUAUUCGGCAAACAGCUGGCCAGCUCUCCUUUUCCAUCAAGGUAGCAGAGGAUGUGGCCAGGGCCUUCUCUGCUGAGCAGGACCUACAGCUGUGUGUUGGAGGGUGCCCCCCAAGCCAGCGACUCUCUCACUCAGAGCGCAGUCGUCGUCAGGGAGUUGUAACCAUUGAUACUGCCAGACAGCUGUGCAAGGAAGGGCUGCCAGUUGAAGAUGCUUAUUUUCAUUCCUGUGUCUUUGAUGUUUUGAUCUCUGGUGACCCCAACUUCACUGUGGCAGCGCAGGCUGCUCUGGAGGAUGCCCGGGCCUUCUUGCCAGACUUAGAAAAGCUGCAUCUCUUCCCCUCAGAUGCUGGGGUCCCUCUUUCUUCAGCAACCCUCCCAGCCCCACUCCUUUCUGGGCUCUUUGUUCUGUGGCUUUGCAUUCAGUAACUAAGCCAGCAAGCCCUUGAUUGGUUUGGAAAUGAUUUGGAGAUAGAGAUGGGCAGGGAAGAACAUAAAGAAUCGCUGAAGGAAACAGCGGGGACUGGGAGACACAUGACACAAUGACCUUUAUCCAGAGUUCAAUAAGGCCACAGCUCAGAGGUGAAAUGAUCACAGAACAAGGAUUUCUGGACCAGGUUUCUGCAUUCCAGACUCUUUAGGGACUCUCCACCAGUUUCCUCAAUCCCGUUUACAGUAAGUGAAUUGUCCGGCCCAUCUACUCCUGAGAUCACCUGACAAGCUCAGAGGUUGUACUUGUCCUGAUGAUUAGUAGAAAACUGAGAGUUUUAACAGGAAAGAACUGAAAGAGGAAGACAAGAGCACUAU